CAGAUUAUUGAUAUAUAAAUAUCUCCUGCUGUAUUGUAAGAGUUUAAUUACUGGUAUCAGAGGACAGUACCACUUCGUGUGCCUACCCACAGAUUCCAUCUACGACAAUCUCAGGUACCACUUCGUGUGCCUACCCACAGAUUCCAUCUACGACAAUCUCAGGUACCACUUCGUGUGCCUACCCACAGAUUCCAUCUACGACAAUCUCAGGUACCACCUCGUGUGCCUACCCACAGAUUCCAUCUACGACAAUCUCAUAUGACGAACCAAAUGUUGUUCCUAGUAUUGACACUAUUGGUGAUGGGGUCGAUAUCGGAAAACAAAGUUUUUGGAAUGACAGAAGCGGAAGUACAGAUGUUUGGUGUUUCCGGUGAACAUUCAGCGGCUGUGUCCAUUGCAACAGGAAUGACCAUGUACAUCAUAACAUCCAAUGGUUUACCGGACCAUCACUGGCAGACAGUGAACCCUUAAUGCACCACGGCCACAGAACCACCAAAUCAAGAUCCCAAUUAAUCCAAUAGUAUCCGUAACGAAGAGUUGUCUCCCCAUGGGGAAGAUAGGUCUCACCAGGACUGGGGUAUCGUUAUAUAACCCUCUUGCCAGAGACAGCAAAAAUGCAGUUGAGGGUCCGUAUGCUGAGACGUUUGACAAUUGCGAUGGACAUGCAAACAAACAUGGAGACUAUCACUAUCACAAACUGCCCUCGUCAUGUCUUUGGCGAAACGAGGUAGACUACCUUAUUGGCGUUGCUAUGGAUGGAUAUCCCAUAUAUGGCCCAAAUACAACAGGAUUCGCUACAUGGCUGACCACCAGUGACCUGGACAAUUGUCACGGAAAGACAGUGGGAGGGAACUACCGGUAUAUUGCCACUGAGGACUUCCCUUACCUUCUCGGGUGUUUCCAUGGUAACGUGAUCGACACCGAAAUUCGUACUUCAGCAGUUUGUGGGGCAAAUUCGAGUGAUGCUUUCGCAAAAUGGAGAGGUUACUUGUGUAGCUGUGAUGAUGCUAGAUCUAUGACGCCAUUGUCGCUGUCGACUUUGCUUAUCGUCACCAUGGCUAUGUCUAAACUCCUGGUCUAGCAACGGGGAAAGAAAGCUCCAGGACGCCGAGACGAAUGAGUAAUUGGAAAUAUGCAUAAGUAGAAAAAUAUCCCGUAAGGGUGAUCGACUUCAAUAAAGACGGGUAGAAUAAAAAGAAAUGUUAAAAUAGGUGACGUCAUUUGUUUAUGAAAGGUUAUGUUUACAUUCCUCUUCCGAUAAUCCUGCUUACUCAUGGCAAGCAACAAGAAAUAAGGAAUGUGUAAACUAACCGCAAUUCUUACUCAAAAUUAAUUGAUGGACAGCAAAAUAUGAACAAAACAUAUGUUUACAAGAAGACUUAAAACUUACAGGGAUAAUAGACGAUUGAAAGGGUAAUUGUACAGGUUUAAUACAGGCAAUGUCACGCUCUCAAAAUGAGAGCUAGGAUAGUAAUAACGGGAUUAACAACAAACACGUCUUUAAAGUAAUCCCAACUAGACAAAGAAACGUUCACACAAUGGUUUUUGUAUCAUGUUUAAUAUCGUCUGUGCCGUUUUCACUAGACUGAGAAACAGCUUACAAUAAAGUAGCUACGGUUUAUGGUAAUAACACUUCCAGCAAGAUGCGUCCGAAUGUGACGGUUGAACUUUUCCCCAAAGAUUUCACAUUGUUGAUGACUCCCUAUGUGAUAUUAGUUUAAUCGUGUCCUGUUCUGUUUAUCUUGUGGUAUAGUUUGUAAUUGAUAUUAAUGUGUUUCCGCGGAUAGGUUACGGAUAAUACAAGUCUGUACUCUAUCACUUGAAAUGUAUAAUUUCCGAUUUUCGAGAUUGUUAAUAACCCCGAAAAUACAUGCAACGAAUCUACCUGAAUUUGAAGACUCACCGUACAAUUUAUUCAUUGGUAUGAUUGGACCCACAAAAAGUAUCUACCAAUAUUUCAUUUUGAUACUAUAAACAAACUACCUUUUCAAUGUUAUUAUCCUGUACACAAUUACAGCUGUUGUUUUGAAAAUAAAGUGAUUUUUAAAGAUUGUUUCGUGUUUUGCGUUUGUUUAUAGUUGUUUGUCACACACUGAACAGCCAGGGUCAAUUUGAGACGAGUUCUCCUUGUAUCAAAUGGUGAACAGCAGAACUCCAGAGCAAUAAGGCUAUAAACCCAAGGGUACAACCAUGACAGCACAGACCGGUCCGUUCUCUCAGCUUCCAUAGAAACACAAACUUACAUGGAUAGGGAGCGUCGAUUAUAGCUACAAAUAUAUAUUCUGGGUUAAUCUUGUAUUCAGUAGUUGAUAAUAUAUAUAUAUAUAUAAUACGAGGAGUGAUUGAUAUGUUGUGAGCCUCAUAUUGAAGGAUUUGAAUUUUGCCGAACAUAUUGUAUUAUUUUUCAACAUAACCCCCUUCAGUAUCUAUACACUUUUGACAGCGGUGUUAAGGGCUUCAAUAUGCCACUUUUAUAGAACUCCUUUUCUUGGCUGUUCAGAAAGUCAGUUCCACUGCAAGAAUGACGUCAUCAUCGGACUGAAAGUGGGUGCCUGAAAUAGAUGUAAGUCUGAUGGAGUGAGAUCAGGUGAAUAAGGCGGAUGAUCAAUCAAUUUAAAGCCCCAAUCGUCAAUGGCAUCCAUUGCAUUAAUAGACUUGUGAACAGGAGCAUUGUCCAGAUGGAAUAACACACCUUUAGUGAGCUUUCCACGGCGCUUAAGUUUAAAAUUUUCCCUUAACUGCCUCAGAAGUGAAACAUAAUAUGUGUCAUUGAUUGUUUGUCCCUUUUGGAGAUAUACAUUUUUCUGCAUCAAAGAAAACCUUCCCAGCUGAUGGAACAGUCUUUGCCUUCUUUGGCGGAGGAGAGCCAGGGUGCUGCCAUUUUUUCAAUUGUUGUUUUGCCUCUGGGGUAAAAUGAUGUACCCAUGUUUCAUCUAUAGUUACAAAUCUCUGAAGAAAAUUGGCAGGAUCUUCCUCAAAAAGGUUAAGAUUAGCACGUGAUAAUGUGCGCCUGCUAUGCGUCUGAUCAACUUUCAGAAGUCCUGGUACCCAUCGGGCCGAAAGCUUUCUCAUUGCAAGGUCCUCGGUCAGAAUGGAAUAUACUCUUUCCUGUGAAAUACCAACUCUACUGGCUAUUUAUCUUUCUGUGACUCGUCUCUCAGUGAUAACAAUGCCAUGAACUUUAUUGACCAUUUCUGGGGUUGCAACAUUAACAGGCCUUCCAGGACGGGGAUCAUCCUCAACGCUCUAUCGGUCGCGCUUAAAUUCCGCCACCCACCUUUUUA